CUCUGGCUGCUGGCAGCUCCUGCGGUUUUAGCAAUGCCUUUUGCUGCUUGGACUUGGUUUUGUGCACAAAACAGGCACAAAAAGGCUCCAGAGUCCUUGGGCAAGAAUGGCUACGUCCUUUGCGAGAACUGAGCCUUUAAUUUCUAGCAGAUCUGUAGCUUGACCUCUUCCAUAUCACUGCACUGGACUCUUCACAUUGCCAGCCUCUCUGACAGCCUGCUUCAUUGAGAUUUCCCAUCUGAGAUACCUGCGUGUCCUGCAGCUGCAGAGAACUCAGAAUCAGUCAAGUUGGAAAAGACCUCUGAGAUCCCAAAGUCCAUCCCCACCCCUACUGCUGCCCCAUCCCUCAGUGCCACAUCCCUGUGGCUCUGGAGCACCUGGUGACCCACCACCCCCUGUGCAGCCUGUGUCACUGCAUCACUGCUCUCUUGGAAAAGCUGUUCCUAAUAUCCAACCUGAAGUUCCCUUUAUGCUGCAACUUGAGGCCAUUACCUCUCAUCCUAAAGUCCUUGUGUUAUCUUUUGUAUCCUUCUCCCAGAUAACAAAAAAUUCAUUUUUGUUUCAAUCAUCUCUAUUAGAAAACCACACGGCCCCUCCUCCAAGCCAGAACGGAAGGGUGACCUGUCAAAUAGCAUUAAUAUUAACAUGAAACUAAGGUGCAGAGUCACUUGCUUUUGCCUUUUGUUCUCACCAAAGCAAGCAAGGAUGUAAAUUGAAAAUAACGGAUGAGAUUUAUCUAUCACCCAUCUUAUCUGGUGCAUCCUUUUCAGCUGCAGGCACACCCCGUCUGGGCGCUUUGCCAUGUUGACCUGGGUGGAAUGGAGUUUAUGUGAGGGUAUUUUGAUGACGAGGAGCGGUAAAGGAAAAUCAUGCUGGCACAUGGCCCAGCGCAAUUGUUGUGGUUCGAGCAGAGCAGCUGGGUGUCCAGCAGGCUUAGAUGGGGACCUGUGUGACUACAGGCUGUGUCUGUUCCAUUUGGUUGGAUAUCCAGCCCAGGUUGGAUAUGAUGCACUUUCAACAUACUUCUGUGCACUUACCUGCAGUGGUUGUUCAGCCCUUUGGGGCUGUCCCAGCUCUCAGAAUCCUCAUGCCUCCUUCCUUGCAGAAACCAGUGCUGGCUCUUGUUAAGAGAGAAAAAACCCAGCAGCAUUUCCGUGUUAAACAGCCUGUGGUGAAUGCAGGCAGCAGAAGGAAAUGUGGAAUCUCAUUACAGCACGAGUGACUCAAACUGGUGUUAUGCCUGUAGUCUGUGCAAUAUCAAUGCACAAUUGGGGAAACCCUAGGUGGAACCUGGCCACUGCCCUGGGGCUAUGGCAGCAAACCAGAGAGUGAGCGGGCUCCAAAGAAAGGGAGCUCCAUCCAUCCUUUCUUCCCUAAGUGGUGGGAAGGGAGCUGCCAUGAGGGCAAGGGAACUUGCAGCCACAGCCUGGAGUGUUUUUCUGGCCGGUGUUUCCCCAUCACCCUCUGGGACUCCUACACUGAGCAGCCUCAUACUGACACAGUGCCUCACUGCAAGUCAGCUGCUGCUGAGAUGUUGGAACAAGCAUGGAGUGCUGUGCUGGCUGCCACCCGUGCUUGGAAGGGAAUGAGAAGCCUAGAGGAUGCUGAGCCCAGACCCCUGCUGUGGAGCUGCUGCAGGUGGGGCUGCCCCAUCCCAGGGCACAGGAUGAUGCCAGAGAGUAGCGAGCCUCUGUCCUGCACAGCCAUUUCCCUGUGAGAUCCGUGGUUUGCACCAGGGUGUGGCUGGGGCACGUCGGAGCUGUGUUGCAAGUGCCAAGAGGGAAGUGAGUCACCCACCUGUGGACCAGCGCCUUCUUUCCCGUCUCUGCUCCUCCUGACAGAGCUCCUCCAGGCCUGGCACGCUGCUGCUGCUCACGGAGGACCAGCGUCUGCUGGGCUGGAUAGCCCCAAGUGACUCUGCACUCAUGCUGCAGUUGCUUCCAUUCUGGUGUCCUCUCCUUGAGAGCUGCCCUCCGGGAGACCUUUCAGACCGUGGUCGGAGAAUGUAACACCGAGAAGAGGAUUGAGCAGCCUCAGUAAGACACCGAUCUCCAUUAGAGCUGAAGAUGGACAUAUUGCACUGAAUCCCUUUGUGGCAAGAAGAAAAGCUACAGCAGGAAAUCGUGGUUCACACGUAUCCACUCAACAGCACGAUGUCUGGAGAGGGCAAAGAUGAUGCUGCAGGCAAUGUGUGCCCAAUAGACUCUGAGUUUCGCUACAGCCUCUUCACUGUUUUCUACAGCAUCAUUUUCAUUCUGGGCUUUGUCGCCAACUGCUACGUGCUCUGGAUUUUCAGCCGUAUUUACUCCACCAAGAAGCUCAAUGAAAUCAAGAUAUUUAUGCUGAACCUGACAGUAGCUGACCUGCUCUUCCUGGUUACAAUGCCACUGUGGAUUGUUUACUAUCACCACCACGGGGACUGGAUCAUGCCCAAGUUCCUCUGUAAUGUGGCUGGCUGUUUCUUUUUCGUGAACACCUACGCUUCUGUUGCCUUCCUGAUGGUCAUUACAUACAACCGUUACCAAGCUGUGACGAAUCCCAUUAGAGCAGCUCAGUUUACCACCCAGAGAAGGGGUAUCUUUCUCUCAGCAGCCAUCUGGAUCAUAACAGUGGGCAGUGCUUUGUAUUAUCUUUUUGAUGAUAAUACGAAUGUGGAGAAAAUUGGCUCAAAUAAUUAUACACGUUGCUUUGAGCGCUAUGACUCUACUGGCAAUGUUACACCGGUUCUUGCCAUUCAUGUCAUCAUCUGCACCCUUUUCUACAUCAUUUUCCUAUUUAUCCUAGCUUGGAACAUCAUCAUUAUCAGGACCCUGUUCUCCAAAUCAGGGCAGCAGCGGAAGAACGCUCAUGUAAAGCAAAGGGCACUUUGGAUGGUUUGCACUGUGCUGGUUGUGUUCAUCAUCAGCUUUGUGCCUCAUCACGUUGUGGACCUGCCCUGGACACUGACUGUUCUGGAGCAAUGGAAGAAGGAAAACUGUCGCUUGCGCCAGCAGCUCAACGAUGCUCACCAGGUGACUUUGUGCCUCCUGAGUAUGAACUGCGUGUUGGACCCAGUCAUCUACUGCUUCCUCACCAAGAAGUUCCAAAAGCACGUAUCACAAAAUCUGAAAAGCAUGAAAGGGAGCCGCAAGUGCUCCAGGCAAACCACAGAUACGGUGAUUGAGGGCACCAUUCACCAGGAGGACGCCAUUGGGUUCUAGGUCAGUCAGUUUUGAUUGCAGAGGCUGAGGUGCUGAAUGAGUCCCUCAUCUCUUCUCAAACGAAGGCACAGAGGGACACGACAGGGCCAGAAUAUUACUUUCCAUUUUUCCUGUAAGACAGAAGAAUGAACACCCAUUUGUGACAGGACAAGAGGCAAUGUGCAUAAACUGGAACACAGGAUGUCGCCCUGAACAUUAGGGAGAACUUUUUAAUGUGAGGCUGACGGAGGACUGGCACAGGUUGCCCCGGGAAUCUCCUCCUUGGAGAUCUUCAUAAGCCACAUGGAUGUGGUGCUGGGCAAGAGGUGUCCCUUCUGAAGCAGGGAUUGGACCAGAUGGACUCAGAUGUCUCUUCCAACCUCUGUCAUUCUAUGAUUUCUUCUAUCACUCUCAACUGGCAGCACUGAAACUUGUAAAAAUCUGUGAGAACAGCACCUUCUGUCUGUGCUGUGGGCACUGAGAGCAGCUCAGGCAAUCUGCUUUUACUGAGAGAAAUGCAGCGAGUGUCCACAAUGAGCAAAGUACACUGAAAUUAUACAUGAUGUCAGCCCUGGUAGUACCAUGCCUGGUCCUUUGCCUGCUCAGCUUCCAGGAAAAGUCCAGUAUCAGAGCUGUAAGACUUCUAAACAGCCUGGUGGAACGUGCUGAGCUGCUACCAUAGUCAAGUAACAUUUCUGAGCAGCUGUUCUGACCUGUCUUUGCUCACAGCUUUUGUAUCAGACAAGUCACUGGACAAAGACAACACAAGGAAGAGAAACUGGCAGUGCCUCAGCCCCCAUCCCAAAUCAGCUCCCCAGAGGGGGCUGCUGCCUGCCCCCUGGUUUCUUGUAUGAUUGCAGAACUGGAAAGUAAGUGGCCUCUUGCACUCAGAUUUUGGCUGGCUGGUAUUUUUGUGCCUGUGGAGAUCCCACUUCAUUUUGGAUGCUCUGGGUAACAGAAGACUGCUGUCAGCAGGGGCAUUAUUAGGAGAAGACAAAAAAAACUUUAAAUGCUUCUCUAUCUUUGUUCUUAUUUAUUUAAGUGAGGAUUGUAAAAAGCAACUGUGCGCUGUCCUUCCUCUAGCCUUUUUAUUUCUGCUAUGAAGAAAAGAAGCUGACUCGCUCUUGAUAAUCUACCACAAAUGAAGUAUUAGGUUUCUGAGUAAAUCAGUGAUGCAUAGUGAUGCAGUGCACUUUGCAGAGAUGUAACUAAUGCAAUUGUGAAAGACUUGAGGCUCCUCACUCAGGGCUGGCAGCAGCCAGUAGGGCCCUAGGGUAGUUUUCCAGGGGUGCCCAUUUCUGUUACAAGUCAUGAGACAGUUGAGGUUUCUUUUUCUGACUGUAAUUACUCAAUCCAGCACAGGAAAUUGGGCAGGGCAAGGAAGGGAAGCUACUUGUUUUUAACAAUCAUUUUUUGGUUCCUCAAACUACGUGGGAGAGUCUGGGUGGUAAUACAAGAGAAGUCUAUCUGACAUGGCAAUAUUAUUGAUUUAUACGCGUUGUCAGCAGCCUUCAUUUGCCCACCAGUUAUGAGGAGAAGGUGAAAGAUGAGCUUUCCAAAUAUAGGACCAAUAGUCCUAACAGACCUGUCCAUGUUUCAGUGAAGAUGGGUGUCCUUCAGCUGUAUCUCCUGCAGUUCCUCAAGCAGCUUUUGUACUUAUGUGUGUAAAUGAGCAAAGGAACUAAAAUGCUUUUUUCUUUUUAAUGCCACGCCUGAUGGUGAGCUGUGCACUCCUGUACCAGGCAGUGGGCAGAAUGUGAUCAUAAGCCAAAUGCAUUCCCUCUUGGUUCUGUACUCUGCUCCAGUAUGGUCACUCACAAAGGAUACCUGCUGGCAUCAUUUUGCAGAGACUUUUCCCUGGUCCCUCGGCCAUGUUCAAAGCUUUGCUCCGUAUCCGCAGUCACACAGUGCAUAGCAAGGAUCACAAUAUUUCAUCUAAAAGCCUAAAUCCUGGGAGCUGGAGGAAUGUGCUUCUGUAUUUUGCCCUCGAGAGAUGGCACAUUCUGGUUGGAAAAACUUUUCUCCUUACCCCACACGUGACAGUAGAUCUCACUUGCUUCACAGCUGCUAAAGCACUGGACAGAUCGAGUUUGGCAGCUCUUGGAGGAAAUGGAAAGGGAUUGUUUUGUGUAGAAAUGUGUAAGUUUAUGGUCUUCUAUAGACUGCUGGGAAACUUGCAGUGGAGUGUACAGUUUGGGUUACUUACUGUUUGCAAAUACACACAGAAGGCAAAUACUCCACAGAAACCAGCUGUAAGGCAAGUGGGGGAUCAACAGAACAAAUGUAAACUUGCUUCUAAGGGAAAGGUUAAACAGUGAAAGAAUUCUGAGGACUCUUCACGAGAUUAUGUUGCAAUAACUAAGUCAGCAAAAAGGCAUUUUAAAAGAAGUUUGACCUUCUACUUCUGUUCCUGGAAUUACUUGUUCUACAGCAGUGUUGCAGGACACAGUUUUGAUUUGCAAUGAAAGGAAUCCUCAAAUGUUCUUCUAAAUAAAGCGUGCUUCCCAAA